CCCCCGCAAUGUCAAAAAGAUACUCCACUACCUGCAGGGCAGGCGCUGCACCUUUUCAACAACGAGCACUUGAACCUUUUCGACAUGGGUACCCCACAUGUCAAUGGCGCAGCUGCCAAUAGCACGCACCAGUAUAAAACAGUGUCUUCACAGCCCGAAAACCCGUUUGCCAAAUUCAUCCCAGACCAAACGUUCGCCAUCAUCCCACAAGUUACCCUCGAAUCCGGCGGCGUCCUACACAAUGUCCCCGUCGCGUACAAGACAUAUGGCACCUUAGCGCCAGGCGGAGACAAUGCCAUGGUGAUAUGUCAUGCGCUCACAGGGAGCUCUGAUGUGGGCGAUUGGUGGGGACCACUGCUAGGAGGGCCUGGGAAGGCUUUCGACAUUUCACGAUUCUUUGUGGUUUGCAUCAACAGCCUGGGGAGCCCGUACGGUAGUGCAAGUCCCGUUACAGCAAAGGACGGCGACCCCUCUUUGGGCUUGUACGGACCCGAGUUUCCGCUCACAACGGUGAGAGACGAUGUCAACAUCUUCAAGCUAGUUCUAGACGAUCUUGGGGUGAAGCAAAUCGCUGCAGUCAUUGGAGGCUCCAUGGGCGGCAUGCUCGUCCUCGAGUUUGCGUACUUUGGAAAAGACUACGUCAAGUCCAUCAUACCGAUCGCAACAUCUGCUCGCUACAGCGCGUGGGGUAUCAGCUGGGGCGAGGCCCAGCGACAGAGUAUCUACAGCGAUCCAAAGUACGACGAUGGCUAUUAUGCCUACGAGGAUCCACCAUCCACCGGCUUGGGAGCUGCGCGCAUGUCUGCGCUCCUUACGUAUCGUAGUCGCGAUUCGUUUGAAUCAAGGUUUGGGCGUAAUACUCCUGACCUUUCUAAGAAGCAAAGCAUCAACACCGUCCCCCGGCCUACCAUACCAUCAAAUCCAUCACACGGGCAUUGGGCCAUCCACAACGACGGACACAGGAACGCUGGCUCACCACGUCAAGUGUCGAGGACCAAUAGUAGUGCUGCAUUGCCAAUAUCGGCUGCAGCGCAAGCUGAUCUUGAGUUCCAUGACGCAUCAAACCCACCUACACCGCCUGUGCAAGAUACUAAAUCUCCAAAUAGCGGUCUUCUGGCUUCGAGAUCGACGAAACCACUUACGCCGCACUACUUUUCUGCUCAGUCAUAUUUGCGAUAUCAAGGGGAGAAGUUCAUUAAGCGAUUUGAUGCCAACUGCUACAUAGCAAUCACGCGGAAGCUGGACACCCACGACGUUUCUCGAUACCGCUAUCCUGAUGGUACGAAUCCUGAGACUUUGGAUCCGGUAUCAGCUCUUCACCAUGCACUCUCGUUAAUAGAACAACCAACACUGGUUCUCGGUAUACAGUCCGAUGGUUUGUUCACGUUCGCUGAGCAGAAAGAACUUGCUGCGCAUAUUCCCAACGCUACAUUGAAGACCAUCGACUCCCCCGACGGCCAUGAUGCUUUUCUGCUCGAAUUUGAGCAAGUUAACGAGCACCUGUCAGGCUUCUUGAAGUCUGUUCUACCCGAUAUCAUCAGCAGGACCCCGAACUUGGAUACGGUCACCACUGAUUCUGGGAUGACCGCUACAAAGACGAGUACGUUCGGCGAAGCUGAAGUUGACGACAUCACUGCAUGGUAAGCUGAACGUAUGUGUUUAUUGAGCGUGGCGUUAUGAGAUUGGAAAAGGCUUGCAUUGCCCGGCGUACAGUUUUCGGCGUACGCUUAGAAAGCUAUGCAAUUAUGGUGUGCUUGCCACGUCAAGAGCAAAGGUUCAACUCCUCAAUCAACAACAGCAUAUCAACAAAAAAUAACAAUGUCGACAACCGAAAAGUUGGGUAAAUAUAUCGAAUUGUAUCUUUCAAACAGGGACCCAGAACGUCAAAUCGAGGUUUCUGGUAUUUCAGAACUCUCGACAGGAUUGUCACUAUCAGAAGGGUGGAUGUACCCCUCACAACCAACAGGUCGGCCAAGUAGUCCCACUCCGUUCAUGCGGUGUUUGCAACAUGAUACUUUACGUCGGCACUCCAUUGACCUAUUGAUCAAGAUUAGCCUCGCAAGUACCCCGCAUUACACUACCAUUUUUAGCUCCCAUCCACUCCUCACUGCAC